GAUAAGUUUUGCUAAUAAAUAGCUAAGAGAUCUUACUAACGAGGAUUGGCUUCAAAGUUCUUUCACAAUGCGGAAGUCUCUCUUGUGCUUGCUAAUUAUUGCGGUUUAUACCGCUUCUGCGGUGCCAGUGACCUCGGAAUACUCUGAGGAUCGCACGUACCCGCGAUACAUCGAGUUCCCCGAUGGCGAGGGUAAAAUGCACACCGUGGACCUCGAGGCUGAACCUGACAUGGAACUCCUCAACGAAAUUGAAAGGAACCCAGCCAAUAACUUGUACCUGCUGUAUACUAGGCGCAACCCCAGGAACUCUCAAACCUUGGUGAUUAACAACGCCAACUCUAUCAGGAACUCUAACUUCAAUGCUGCUCAUCCCACCGUGGUCGUCGCUCACGGCUGGCUCAGCAACCAGAACACCAACAUCAAUCCCACCAUCAGAGAUGCUUACUUGAACAAGGCUGAAACUAAUGUUAUUAUCCUGGACUGGAGAAGACUGGCGUUAUCUGACUACGCCACGGCGGCUCGAGGUGUACCCGCAGUUGGCCGUGGUCUUGGACAGUUCCUGGCUUUCCUAAACAGCGUGACUGGUCAGGCUUUCACCAGCAUGCACCUGGUUGGCUUCAGCUUGGGCGCUCACCUUGUCGGUAACGCUGGCAGAGAACUCGGAGGAAGAGCCGCCCGAGUCACAGCUUUGGACCCUGCUGGACCCCUAUGGAACUACAACUCCAACCGUGUCAACCCCCGUGACGGUGUUUACGUAGAGGCUAUCCACACCGAUGGAGGUUACACCAUCGGUGGUCUCGGUAUCGGCUCAAACGUGGCGAACGCUGACUUCUACCCCAACGGCGGUAUCUCCCAGCCUGGCUGCCUCACCAACCUCUGCAACCACAACCGUGCUUGGGAGCUGUUUGCUGCCACUGUUACUUACAACCACUUGGUUGGCCGCCUGUGCACCAGCCAAACCCAACUGACAUGGAACACAUGCCGUGGUGCUCAACUUCGUAUGGGCAACGAUGACUUAAGGAAGACUGGAUCUGGAAUGUACCGUUUGGACACUGGCAGGAGAUACCCAUACUAAUUUUAGUAUUAAGUAUUUACUUGUAUAAACCAAAAUAAAUAAAGACCUUGGCAUCACA